UGCGCCUAUCGAGGUUUUUUGCCCGAACAUCCUCAUCCGUGCUCUGGCCAUCCGAAUUUUCGGCAUUCGUCCCACCGUAAUCCGAGCUCACACGUCCUUUCGUGAUCACACAAUCGGCGACCGACAGUUUUCGGUAGCACGAGCGAGAUACCCACAAGUGGAGGAGCCCGAAACGACCGCAUAGGAUGGCGUUCCCGAUAGAGUUUCGAAGCUUUCCGCGCAACUGAUCGAAGGGAUGAUGUGAACCUAAAGCCUGCUUGACUAUCAAUCGUCGUCGUCGUCGUCGAGCAAGCGGUCGACCCACGUCGCCGCUGGAUUCCAGAUCAGAGACGACAGCGACGUCGACGGCAACAACGACGAUAACGUUAACGUCGACGUCCGCUCCAUCGGAGACUCACAUACUUCACAUCGACGACUGAGUCACCAGCAGCUAGUAACGGUAAAGCUUGUUGCGAGAAAAUUCGAGAAGGCGAAAUUCCGAUCGAUUAUCAGAAAACAAUGAAUCCGCUCCGCCGACCGCCGCCACUCCUCCGAGUACCGUCGUUCGUUUGGACCCUCGCGGUCGGAAUCUUCCUGCAUACGUUCAUUAUACUCGUCGACUCAGCACAAGCGGAAGUCGGCGCGAACAAGAAAAAUACCGAUCAGCUGUCCACGGAUUCUCCUAGUCAAACCCCAGAGCCAUCGCUCGAUGGGUCGAUCUCCGAAUCGGCGCCGAUCCAAACAAGUAUUCCUAACUCCCCGCUCCCGGCUAGCGAAAACGAAAAAAAGCAACGGCUAUCUACGAGUCAGCGAUGAACAUGUUGAACGAUUCGUCACGAAGCGAACGCCCGCGAGCCUAUCAUAUUCUGGAGGAAGCCGCGAGCCUAAACCACACGUCGGCGAAGCGAAUGGUCGCGAUAGCUUAUCUAUUCGGAUCGAACGGCUUACCCUUCCGUCCGGCCGUUGCGAAGGAAUUCUUCGAGCAGCUGGCGGAAGAAGGGGACUCGGAGUCCCAGCUCUAUCUCGGUUUCAUGCAUUCGUUCGGACUUGAAACGCCGCCGUCGCAGGCGAAGGCUCUCAUCAGUUACACGUUCGCCGCGCUAGGCGGCAACCAUCUAGCGCAGAUGGCCCUGGGCUAUCGUCUAUACGCCGGUGUCAGCGUCCUGCACAACUGCGAAGCCGCCCUGGACCACUACAGACGAGUAGCGAAAAUCGUCGAACAGAGCUCCACGGGUCAAUCUCCGUCCGGGACAACGGUGAGAAUACGUCUGUCUGACGAGUACGAGAACCCCUCGAAGAGCCCGUCCAAUCAACUCGACGACGAUCUUUACCAGUACUACCAAUUCCUCGCCGACAAGGGAGACGUACAGGCGCAGGUUGGACUCGGGCACCUGCAUUACCAGGGCGGUCGCGGAGUUCAGCAGGACCACACGAGGGCUUUGAAUUACUUCAAACAGGCAGCGCAAACUGGAAAUGCAAACGCAAUGGCCUACUUGGGCAGAAUGUUCUUGGAGGGCGGGAAAACAGUCCCGCAGAACAACGAGAGCGCCUUCAAGUAUUUCCAAAUGGCCGCUGACAAAGGCAGUUCCGUAGGGCAAGCCGGGCUCGGCCAGAUGUUUCUCUACGGCAAAGGCGUCCCAAGAGACUACGAGAAGGCCCUCAAGUUCCUAACGCUAGCAGCUAACCAAGGUCUAGUUGACGGUCAGUUGGAACUUGGGAACAUGUUCUACAACGGUCUCGGCGUCGAAAAGAACUUCAAACUUGCCCUAAAGUACUAUAAGCUGGCGUCGAAGCAAGGUCACGCGCUUGCCUUUUAUCACCUUGCGAUGAUGCAUGCGAGAGGAAUCGGCACCCAGAGAAGUUGCGCGAACGCUGUCGACGGUUUCAAGUUGAUGUCCGAGCGAGGAGCUUGGAUUUCCGAAAUCAACGAAGCGUAUCAGGACUACAAAGCAGGUCGGAUCGAUCAGGCUCUGGUUCGAUACGCAUUCCUGGCUGAUCUGGGCUACGAACACGCCCAAAGUAACACCGCAUUCAUACUCGAUCGAGGGGAAAGCACUCUCUUCGACAGAAACCAGUCUUUAGCAAGAGCUCUUAGCUACUGGUCGCGAGCCGCGUCCCAGGGCUACGUCGUCGCGAGGCUGAAGCUGGGCGAUUACCACUACUACGGCUUUGGAACCGAGGCCGACUACUCGACUUCAGCGUUCCACUACAGAUACGCCGCCGAAAACGACCGCAAUCCUCAAGCUAUGUUCAAUUUGGGUUAUAUGCAUGAGCAAGGCUACGGCAUGUCGAAGGACAUCCAUCUAGCCAAACGCUACUACGAUUUGGCAGCCGCCACUUCUUCUGAAGCACAGGUUCCUGUGAUGUUUGCCUUGAUGAAGAUGGCGAUUAUUUAUGGUUUCGAGUAUUUAAAUCAUUUCCGAUGGGACAACAUGGGACAGGCCGGCACCGUCCUACAGAAGGUCCUGGGUCCCGACUGGGAUCUCUACGUGAUGAGUUUCUUAGCGGCUCUGAUCGCGGUCUUGGCGUAUGUGCGAAGAUUUGUUUAGCGAAAUCGGUGGCGUGCAGGAUGACUCCGUAGCCCCUCGUCCCUCCACGCGGAGUUUCCACCAGAUGUGUCCCAAUGCUUCAUAAAGGAAAAUCUGUCCUAGCGUGAGAUCUCUUCAGUAAUCGACAUCGAUCGCGGCGAUACAAGCGAGACGACUGGAGCGAAUUCACGCAGAGAAUAAUGCCAGCGUGUCCGGCGUCUCGGACAUGCUGUAGAUUGUAGUUUUAGAACGAGGAUGAUGCUAUAUGUAUAUUGUAUAUACGUAUAGUGUUCCGAAUGAACCGAAAUAUGUGAAACAUGGAAUUUUACAGAAGCAUUUUAAGUCUCUCCGGGAAGGAGAGGUAUUCCGCGCUCUAGAGAAAGAACAUAGGCCCGAUUCCGCAGUGAAGCGGAGAAUGUCAGGAGCUUUGUCUAGGCAGCGUUGCGAAUCGUUUUCAGGAAAACAAGUUGCCUCGAAUCGUAGUUCAGUGUAGUAUUCAUUCAAGUUCA